GAAUCAAUAUAUACCGUACAAUAAUAACUUUAAUAAUCGAACUAAUCAAUCACAUUUCAAUAAUUUUAAUAAUAAUUACUCAUCGCGUAAAAAUAAUGAUCAACAAUUUUCACAACCGAAAAUUAAUUUUCAACAAAAUUAUAGACCACAAUGGGCUAAAAGAGACAAUUACCAAGAAAAUAAUAAGAACUUCCAAAAUAAUUUUAACACACAAAAAUAUACUUCAAAUACUUUAAAAUGUAAUUUUUGCAACAAAAAUAACCAUAGAUCAGAAAAUUGCUUUUUUAAGGAUAAUAAGGUGAAAUGUCAACUGUGUGGCUUUGUGGGUCAUACAGCUCUUAAUUGUAUUAAGAAUUCAAAAAACUUGAAUCAAGGUUAAACACCGCUGAAACAGAUAGUUCACCUUUUAAUUCAGCAAAUAAUAACAUUAAUUGCUUAACAAAUAAUAAUAUCACAUCAGUUGCUUUACAUUUCUUUGCUUUAUUUAAUGACAUUAAUAUACCCAUAACUAUUGACACAGGGUCAAACGUUAGUUGCAUUACACACACUUUAAUACCACAAAAUAUGAUAAAUGAUAAAAGUGACCUAACAAUAGGAGGUCCAGAUAACACUCCACUGACAGUAUUAGGUACAUCUAAUAUCAUUUUAAAUAUAAAUUCUAAUGAAUACUCUAUCAAAGUUCAUGUUAUAAAUAAUUUAUCCUGUCUUAUUAUUCUCGGCAAUGAUUUUUUGGAACAAAAUAAUAGUGUUAUUGACUUUGAUAAAAAAAUUAUGACAAUAAAUUCAAUUUCAUUACCUAUUUUUAUAGACAAUAUUAGUUAUGUAAAUCAAUUAAACACAAAAUUUAACGAAAAAGUAAUGGAUUUAUUUUCAGUAGAUAGCAAUUAUUCUUUUGCACAUUGUAUUUCAGCAGAUCUAAAAAUGAGUGAAGGUAUAGCUUUAGAUAUUUGUAAUAAAUAUGGAAAUAUGGCACCAAAAUUAUAUAAAUUAAAUCCCCAAAUAGGUGAUGCGAUUCCAAUUGUUAUCAAUGGCAGAGUUAUUUAUUAUUUAAUCACAAAAAAUUAUUAUUUUGAGAAACCAGAAUAUAUCAAUAUUAAAAAAGCAUUAAAAAAUUUAAAAAUUCAAAUGAUAAAACAUCAUGACUCUGACAUUGCUAUGCCAAAAAUAGCAUCAGGUUUAGACAAAAUAGAAUGGUACACCAUAAAAGAAAUGAUUAUUUCAACCUUUCACAAUACUAACAUAAACAUAUUAAUAUGUCAUAACAACAAUGAAUAUAUCACACAUAAUCACAAAAAACACAAUUCAUUUAUAAAUGCAAUCAAAUUUUCAUAUGAUAACUUACAAAAAAAAGAAUCAAAUAAUAAAAAUAAAAAUAGUAAUAACCAAAUUGGGGAUGAGAGAUUAAAAAUUUUCGAAAAAUAUAAAAAGGGAGAAAAUGUGUUGAGUGAUGGCAAUUGUGGUAUUUAUUCAUUGGUAAAUUCUUUAAACUAUGGUAAGACACAAAAAAUAACUUCGGUAUUAGAAAUUUUAGAGCUUUUAAACCUCGAUGAUCUUCCUAAUUAUUGGUUUAGCGAUUCCGAAUUAGCCUCAUUGGCAAAUUAUUAUAAUCAUGACACUUACGUUUUUGACUCCACUAAUAAAACUGGAAUCGUUUAUGGGUUAGGUAAUCGUCCACCUAUAGUACUUAACAAUGUAGAAAACAAUAAGCAUUGGAUUCCUGGAGUACUUUCGUAUAAAAAAUCUAAAUAUAUUCCAAGUAAUGUAAUAAGUUUCACAGAAUUUGAUCCCAUUUAUAAAUUAAAACAAUCAAUAGCAAAUCACGUUAAAAAAUCAUUUAACACAAUUGAACCAUGUAAUGAUUCAAUAACUAAUAAAUCUAUCAUAAACAAUAACAAUGUAAUUUUAAAUAUAAACACACACAUACACACAAAUAAAAAAACUAUUGCAAAUAGAGGGGGAAUGCCGAUUAAUAUUUUACCUCAUUUACUAGAUUCCGAACACAAACAAGCCUCUAAAAUAAUAACAAAAUACAAUUAUUCAGAAUUGAAUAAUAUUGUUAAUAUUAAAAAAGCAAAUAAAGAAAAUAUACCACAGAACUAUAUUUUUCCAAAUUUAAGCAAAUUUAAUAUUUCAACACAAAAAGUAGAGUUAAACAAAAUAAUAAAUGAAAGCAUAGAAACAAAAACAUUAUUUAACUUUAUGACACCACCAUUAAUUAAUAACAAAAGAUUUUAUUCAAAUUGUUUAGUUGUUUCAGACAAAAAUACGAAGGAGAGAAUUAAAAAAUUUCAGUUGCAAUUGCAAACAAAAAAAAAUCUAUUAAAGACAAUAGACAAUUUUCAAUAUAUUAACUCAAUUAAUUUAAAUUGUCAAUUUUUACAGGUACAUAUAAAAUCAAAUCAAAUUGUAAUCGAUCUAAGUGUUUUGAAUCAACUACAAAAUGAAAAUGAAUCAUUAAGAAAAAUAGUAGUAGAGCUCCAAAUGAGCAUUGAGCAGUUGAAAACUGAACAAAUUAAUCGGCAUAAGCUAUUGGUCAUUUUAACACAACAGUUAAAAACUAUUGUUAACGGUGAUAUUAAAAUUAUGACUGGCGAUGAACACCAAUUCAGACGUACUUUAAAAGUACUUGAAAAAAAUAAAAUUGAGUAUCACAGAUAUCAAUUAAAAACAGGAAAAAAGUUUCUUAUUGUAAUCAGAGAAUUACACCCUGACACUGAAGUAUGUGAAAUUAAAAGAGUCCUAGCAGAUAAUGCAAAGAAGCCUCACACUGCAAAUUGGAAAUUCUGUUCAUCUUACAAGCAAGCAGAAGAAAAAAUCCACCCAAAAAAAAAAACAUCCACAGUACAACGACUCCAACAGAAACCUGCUAAAACUGUUACAUCAGAUGUUUCCUAUGCUAAAAUAGUUAAUAGUUCUAAUGGAAAUAACGUUAUUCUUAAAAGAGCUGUAAAAGAGUUCUUAAAAUAUUGA